CAUGAAACAGUGCCUACCAGGGACGCGCACGGAGAUUUCUUCCCAGAUUACAGACUGGAUCAACGGCAGUGGAAUGCUGCUAAACGUAUGCUGCGGCUAUCUGGCCCUGCAGGCACAGGCAUAUCAGCCAUCGCUCGACCGAUUGCCAAGGGGUUCAGUGACAUGGGAGUGCUCGAUUCAUGUUUCUGCUUCAACAAGGCCGAGAAACGUCAUGAAAAAGUUUUUUCCACCAUUGUUCAUGGCCUAGCUGAUCGUAAUGCGGAGAUGAGACGAGCAUUGGCGGAUGCGGUUAAAAAUUCCACUUCACUUAAGAACUCAGGAUAUUUUCCAGCAGGGAGAAACUUCUCAUGGAACUAUUGAAGAAAUUCUCUACGUGAAGUGUGGGACCUGUCUUGAUCGUGAUGGAAGCGCUGGACGAAAGUGGCGGAGUGGAGACGCGGGGGGACCUUACUUGCCAAUAAACU